AUGCCUCCUCUAUAUGGAGACCCUACAACUGAAGUUCACCCCAAGCACACGCUCUGGAUGUGCUUAAAUGAGGUCAACGGUCCCGGCUCCGAGUGCAACACCCACAACGACAUCAAUGAUCCGAUGUGCAGGAAGUGCGACUACGAAGUCGACGGUUGGAUAAAGGUCAAGGCCAUGGAUAAGCACGAAAAAGUAAUCGGGGAGCUCCACGACACUGUCGAUGGUGUGGUGAGAUGGAAAUACUUUUGGUAUUUUCUCUAUCCAGGUCCAACUAUGGAGGAUGCGCCUGGGAACAAUGCGCCUGUGCCCCGAGGCACAAUCCCCGGAUAG